GUUAGCUUAAAUAUAAUAAAAAGUGUUCAACAUUGAAAUUGAACUUAAAUAUAAUGCAAAAUGUGUUGAAAAUGCAACUUUUCUUUUAAUACUCGGAUACUUACAAACCUAAUUUAUCUUGUUAUUUGUUGAUGUGCUGGAAGGAGGUGUAAAAACGUGUGUUAAUUUGCCAUGUCGCAACUCUUUGAGACAAGACGUCAUUAUCUACGUCAGUUUAUUGAUAUCGACAGACUUCCAACUGCACUGAUCGCAAGUUAGUAAGCUAAAAUGAAGACCAUAUUGGACGUUAUGUCAAUGCAAAAACGCACUGAAGCUAAUAAAAUUCAAAAACAAAAACCUACAGAUUAUCGUAAAGUUGAUAAGCCGGGUGUUGUGCCACGUUUCCUCUUCGAAUGUGCAGUUAAAUUGCAAAUUAAGCCAUUGACCUCCGCAAGUGCUGCCAUAAUUUACCAUCGAUUCUACAACGAAGUAUCAAGUAGCGAUUAUGAUGAAUAUCUUAUAGCUGCGUCCGCGCUUUACCUGGCAGGCAAGAUUAAAGACGAUCCUGUAAAAAUUCGUGACGUCAUCAAUGUUACACACAGCACUUUGAAUCGUGGCUCCCAACCACUUGAAUUGGGCGAUGAAUAUUGGUCGAUACGUGAUGCAAUAGUACAAGCUGAAUUGCUUAUUGCACGUACAUUGAAAUUUGAUUUAAAUAUUGAACAUCCACAUAAGUACUUACUUUAUUAUAUGAAAACAUUGCAAUCUUGGCUGGGUUCUAGUGUCUGGUCAUCGGUGCCAAUAGCAAAAGCAGCGGCAUCUUUUCUACAAGAUUUUCAUCAUAGUACAAAAAUCCUCAAUCACAAGCCAUCGCACAUCGGUAUAUGUUGCUUAUCGUUAGCAUUGCAAACGUAUGGCAUACAAGUACCACUCGCCGAUGAAUCUGACGAGGCCUCUAUGUGGUAUACGCCAUUCGUAACCGAUCUAACCAAGGAGAAACACUGGGAAAUCGUUGAAGAUAUAAUAGAGGUUUAUAAACAGGAGAACGAAAUCAAUUCUGCUUAAAGUGAAAAUUAUAAGCUUUAAAGUGACUUGAAGUAUAUGCGAAAUUUGUGAUAAGGAAAAUCCUCAAGCUAUACAAUAGGCUUUGGUGUAUUUCUUCCUCAUAUAAUAGUUAAUUACUGAAAUUGUAUUCCAUCAAAAUUUUUAAACAAAACACACACACACACCCAUGUAGACUUACCGACCAACCUGAGAAAGGCAUGAAUUAAUUUAACUGGGUACAUAAAAGUAUGAUUUAAUAAAACUUUUUUAUUUAUGAAGUUGCA